UUGACUGACAUACUUUGGCACGUUUGACAGUUAGCAUGGUAGCAGGGAGUUACUAGCUAGCCGAAACUCCUCAGAUAACAUGUCCGUAAAACAGUCAGCAAAAAUUUAAAAGAACGGUGUGUUUUUUUUGAGGUUUAGUUUCUGAACCCAUCACUAUCCAAGGAUGUUUUCAUCUGUCUGGAAUUUUGUUAAACGCCACAAAAGGAAAUUUAUUGCCGUCGGAGCUGUAGUUGGAGGAGUAUACUUCCUGGGUAAAUAUGCCCAGAAGAAGAUCAGGGACAUCCAGGAGAAGGAGGCGACAGAGUACAUCGCUCAGGCCAGGCGACAGUUCCACUUUGAAAGCAACCUGAGGACCUGCAACAUGACCGUGCUGUCCAUGCUCCCUGCACUGAAAGAAGCCAUCAUCAAUCAGCUAAAUUCAGAAAGCCUCACUGCACUACUCAAGACCAAACCGACCAAUAAGCUGGAAAUCUGGGAUGACUUAAAAAUCAUCAGUUUCACCCGCACCAUCGUGGCGGUGUACAGCACCUGCAUGCUGGUGGUUCUGCUGAGAGUCCAGUUGAACAUCAUAGGAGGAUACCUGUACCUGGACAACUCUGUAGGCAAGAACACAAUGACUCCUCUGGCUCCCCCAGACGUCCAGCAGCAGUACCUGUCCAGUAUCCAACAUCUACUGGGAGAUGGUUUGACAGAGUUGAUGACCGUAGUGAAGAAAGCAGUACAGAACUCACUGGGAGGCAUGUCUCUGAAGCAGAGCCUGUCUAUGCUGGAGUUGGAGCAGCAGUUGAGCUGGAUCCGGGCGGAGGUGGAGGCCGGCUCUGAGCGGCCGCUGUCCUGGUACAUGCUGGCUGACGACGAGAACGCGCUCGCUGACCAGGCGUGUGGGUUGACAAAAAACGAUGCUUUGACCAUCAAACUGCUAAAUGAGACUAGAGACAUGUUGGACAGUCCAGACUUCACCACCGUCCUAAACGCCUGUUUGAACCGGGGUUUCUCUCGUCUCCUUGACAACCUGGCCGAGUUCUUCCGCCCACCUCCCGGUGACUCCGCCCCCAGCGCUGCACCUGACAGUCUGUCUGCAGUCAGUCUGCCGCUGGCGAAGAUCAUCCCCAUCAUCAACGGCCAGAUCAACACCAUCUGCAGUGAGACUCCCAGCCACUUUGUUCAGGACUUGCUGAUGAACGACCAGGUAAAGGAGUUUGCAGCCAACGUCUACGAGACCUUCAGCACACCACAGGAGCUGCAGAAAUAAUCAACCAAGUGUGAGGAGAAGAAGGAGAGGAAGAAAAGAGGGAUGAAAACAGAAAUGAUAUAAACCCUGGACUGUUAAUCCCUCCUUUUUUUCCGUGAGACACUUUCCUCCCCCAAAUCCUGCAGACUUUUCACUCGGAUGGCAAAAAUGUCCAGACAAAGCAGCAGUGGGAGUGUCUGUGUCCCCUCUGUUAUUGAACUGGUGGAGGAUGAAGAAACUUGCACUGGGUUUGUAGUCACAGCAGAGCCUGUGAUUAACCCUGGGACCACUGCAUCUUGGGAACUGGAGUCACGUUUAACCUGGUAAUGUGGUUUUAUUUGCCCUAAGAGGUGGGAAACAAGCGGGAAAACACACACUGACAGUGUCAAAAAGUGCGGUGAAGGAUCGGUCACUACUGUUCAGAGCUGCUCUCCACUUCAGACAAGAUGAUACUUAAACAUCCCUUUUCCAUCAGCAGUGGUGAGUGUUUUAUGUCUGUUCACGUUUCCAGCUGCUCGGUCUGCACCUUGGCUGUGUUGCGGCAUCAGAAGGGUUUACAAAGUGCAGUUUGUUAUUUUUUUGUUACAACGUAAUCCCGGUGGUAGAGGCAUGUGUGUAGGAUCGAUGUGGGCUGAUGCGUACAGUAUACGUAGUGAUUUUUGUUUUGUUUUUGUGCUAAUAUUCAGUUUUUUAAAUUUGACCAUUUUUGGUCAAUCCAUUUGCAUUUUCUUAUCAUGGUGGAAAAGAAUCAGCAGAAGCUUGUGAGUAAUUUGGAGAGAAAGAGUUAGAAGAUGAAGAAACUGAUCAAAAUGGCGUAUUGGCACAGCCGACGUCACUGAUUAAUUCCAAAUUAAAUAUGUAGUCUAGUGGUCAAAAUUUAUUUUAAAUUUUUAAACACCAUUAUUAACAAAAUAAAACACCAUUAUUAACAAACUCAUAUCAGUCCAAAUGCAGUUUUGUGUCGUUGCUCUUUUUCCAUCCAAAACACAGAAGUUCACUUCUUUUAGUGCAGAGUCAAAAAAUCUCCUUAAAUUUGAAAAUAGGACAUGCAGACUUACAAAUGUUCUGAAAAACACUGAGUUCUGUUCUGGUUUCAGUCUAUGAAUCUGUGUUUUGGAGCAUGUAAUCCAGUGGCUACAGACAGAACCUGUUUUUCCAGUGUAGUUCCUUUUUCCCCCCAGAAGGUGUCGCUCUUCUUCAGCUGGUGUGAGAAUCCCUCUGCGUUGCCAUCCUUUUGUCUUUACAUGAAGUUUCUCCUGUUUUUAAGUCAAAUUAAAUUAAAUUUUAUAUUUGUGAUUCUGUCCUUGACAAUAUUGGUGUUAAAUCCUGGUUUGCAGCCUAAAAUGACUGAUAACAUCCAAAGUUUUACUUUAAUGGCUGUAAUUAUCAUUAUUUUUCUCACAGAUGGCAGGUAAUAUGUAGAACAGUGUUCCCCCCCAUUUCUUUCUGUUUGAAGCUUGUUUUCUCACUUCAUUUGUACGUAUGUGACUUCUUGAAAAGCUGAAUUGAUUUUAGAGUCUUCUGUGUUGUCCAAAGCCAAGAAAUUUGGGACAAGUCCAUCCAAACUCUUCCCACGUCUGAUUAGUAAAUCAGGCGUGUUCAGCCAAUCGAGAGCUGGUUAACACACCUUAUUCAACUAAUGACGUGUUGGUAGAGCAGGGAGAGGAAAAUAUGCAGGACAGAUGGGUUUCACUUAUGAAUUCACUUUAAAUCAUGUCAAUCAUUUAAUUUAUUACAGGUACUUUACAUCAUCCAGGUAACUGAAAUCACAGUAAAGAUACCCCUCAGAUUGUUAUUACUCUCAGAGAUCUAAUGCUACUUAAGAUUAGAUUUGCCCCACCUCAGUGCCACAUGGGUAGGGUUAGCUCUGUAUGGAGGUAAUGGAAAGUUUGGGGUUUUUUUCCUGCAACUGCUAGCUCAUUCAUCCACCUAUCCACCUCCUUCAGUCUUUGUCUGUGGGUGAGCAGGUGUGCACCUUAACCCGUCAGACGUCAUCUUCUCAGGAGAUGAGAAAACAUCAGGUGACAGUUCAGCUAAUUUAGUUUCUAAUCCCUGCAUUACAUAAUAAACACAGUCAGGUGAAAAUGUAAAUCUGUGUAUAUAAUCAAGGAUGUUAUGCAUUUUGAAGCAUAAUAUCCUGAAUGACAGCUGAAAUGUAUGUUUGUAGCAAGUUAAAUAAAGGUAAAAUGUGAUUUAAUAUA